CGCCGCCGAUCCCGAGAGCUCCCCGGAGGGUUUGGAGGAGCCGGAGGAGCCCCGGCGGGACCCCCCGGACCCGGCCCGCCCGACCUGCGAGCUCUGCGGGAAAAGCUUCACCUCGGACUCGUCCCUGAGCCGCCACCUCCGCGCCCACCCCGGCGGGUCCCCGUUCAGCUGCUUCCGCUGCCACAGCUCCUUCCCGUGCGGGGCCGCGCUGCGGGAGCACCUCAGCACCCCGUGCCAGCCCCGGCCCCACAAAUGCCGCUCCUGCCCCAAACGCUUCGCGUCCGUGCGCUCCCUGCAGAAACACCGCCGCGUCCACCUGGACGGCGACCUGCGCUGCCCGGACUGCGGCAAAACCCUCACGUCCAAAGCGUCUCUGGUCACGCACCGGCGCAUCCACACCGGGGAGCGCCCGUUCGCCUGCCCGGACUGCGGCAAGAGCUUCAUGGCCACCAAAUCGCUCAGCAAGCACCGGCAGGCGCAGCACAUCGCCGGCGGCUUCAUCUGCAGCGACUGCGGCAAGAGCCUCUCCAGCCACUCGGCGCUGGUCACCCACCGGCGCAUCCACACGGGCGAGCGGCCCUACGAGUGCCCCGACUGCGGCAAAGGCUUCAUGGCCACCAAAUCGCUCAGCAAGCACCGCAAAAUCCACCGCGACGGGGCGGCGGGACCCGCGACAGCGGCGACAGCGCCGUGCUCCGAGUGCGGUGACAGCGGAGCGACCGCAUCGUGCCCGCACCGCCGGCGGCCGCUCCGGGACAGCCCCGAGAGCAGAGCGGAGAUCCCGGGAGCCCCCCCGGCCUCAUCCCGGCCCCUCCGGGACAGCCCCGAGAGCAGAGCGGGGGUCCCGGCCCCAUCCAGGCCCCUCCGGGACAGCCCCGAGAGCAGAGCGGGGAUCGCCGCCGUUCCCCCGCGACCCCUCCGGGACAGCCCCGACAGCAGAGCGGGGGUCCCGGCAGUGCCCCCGGCCCCAUCCCGGCCCCUCCGGGAACACUCCGAGCUCGGGGCAGGGGUCCCGGCCCCAUCCCGGCCGCUCCGGGACAGCCCCGACAGCGGGGGGGAACCCGAGAGUGACCCCCCCUAA